CAAUUGCAUAAAGAAUGUCGUUGUUUGGACAACCAACACGUACUUCUGCCAAUUCUGGACCGUUUGGCGGUACUUUUGGCUCCGGAACAGGAGCCUCUGCUACACAGAACCAAAGCACUUUAGGAUCAUCUUCUGGAGCUUCCAGUGGUAAACUCUCAGGUUUUGGCACAGUUUCCGACAAAAGUGGCACAAGUAUGGGGGGAACACUUCCAACAGCAGUUAACUCGUCGAAUUCGUCCAAGUUGUUGAAAGAUUUGUUAGAAUCAGCGCAUAAUUUGCCCAAGUCGGAUAACCAUCAGUUGGGUUCUGUUCAUUUAACUCUUCGAGAAUUGCAGAGAAAAUCAGAAAAGUUGCGUAAACUCGAAGAUUCCGGCAAGAAGGAUGUGAACUUCACGAAAGCACAUUAUUUAUUGGCGUCCAGCGGUAUCAGUGCUGAAGAAAUCGAGCUGGAGUUGAACAAUAUUAACUUGCCAGCAUCUACGACAACUUCUGGGUCUUCUGUUAUUUCUGUGAAUUCUGGAGCUGGCGGAGUUUCUGUGGGUGCAUCGUCUUCGUAUUCAAAUAUCGAAAAUUAUCUCAAUGCGAAAAAGGAUGAGAACAUUUUGAACACUAUAGAGCAGCUGUUGAACUUGGCUUCCAAGGACUUUGACAACUUCAUCAGUUCCAACAUUUCCAUCGAUUGGAAAGUUAGAAGAGAUGAGCUCCGUAAAUCUAUUGGCUUGAAAUCCAGUGGUGAGAACUCUCAAGAAGCGUUGAAAAAAUCCAUCACCUGGAACAAGUCUGUUCCAGGAGCAUAUAAUAUCUUAACGCCUUUGAAGACUGCCAACGGUUCCAAUGUCUCAACUUUGAAACAGUUGCCUCGCGAAAAAUUUGAGAACCACGCUAAGAUCAUAUACCAGUUGAACGAAGCAAGAUUGGAGAACAGGAAUUUGCCGUUGUCGUUGAACUUUUCUGAGUUAAACAAGCUCCAGAACGACUUGAAAUCCAGACAAAUAGCAGACGUGUGGAAGAACUUGAUCGACUUAACCAAUGAGAAAUUCACUAAAACCAGUCAAGAACAGAAGUUCUACAACUUGUCGCCUCUGAAGUUGAGCAGAGCUGUCAUCAACAACAGUAAGAACCAGUUGGAGUCUGAGUUCUUCAAAUACAUGGAAGAACUAUACUUGAAGGACAGUAAGAAGGAGCCAGAGUAUCUUCCUCCUACCAACUUGAACAAAAUCUCGUAUUUCAUCAACAGAGUGAUUUUGAAGAAUGACUCCGACCUCUUGAGUAAAACUUUGUGUGUAAAUGGAACUCCGAUCUGGGCUCUCAUCUUUUAUUUACUCAGAAGUGGUCUCUACGAAACAGCUUUGGAACUCGUUACAAAGAACCAGGACUUGUUCAACAAGUUCGAUAUGAACUUCCCCAUAUAUCUCAACAAGUAUGUCUCUAGUGAAGACCAUGUUCUUCCCAGUGGGUUGAACGAAAAAUUGCAUUCUGAAUUCAAUCAACAGUUCCAGUUCAUAAUCAAUGAUGUGGAUAGCUCCAACAACAUCAACUUUGAUCCCUAUAAAUAUUCAGUCUACAAGAUAGUUGGUAAGUGUGAUUUGAGCAAGAAAUCGUUACCUCAGGAGAUAAACUUGAGUAUAGAAGACUGGUUGUGGUUCCAUUUGUCGAUCAUCAAUGAGCAUCAAUUGAACAAUGAAUCAAAUUUGAUUUUCGAGAACUACAGCUUGGUCAAUUUGCAGAACAGAAUCAUCUCUCUUGGUCCAAAGAACUUCAACACUUCAUCUAACAACCCGUUGUAUCUUAAGACGUUGAUGUUGGUUGGUUUGUACGAGUUGGCAGUUCAGUACACAUACGACUUCAUCAACGAAUGUGAUGCCGUUCAUUUGGCUAUAGGUUUGAACUACUAUGGCUUGCUUAAAGUUGCAAGUUAUAAUAACAAGGACGAUCUCUUGAUUGUCCGCUCUAAUGACUACGAAAUCAACUUCAGCAGACUAUUGGGUUCGUACACAAGAAGUUUCAAGAUUAGCGAUCCAAAGGUUGCCUGUCAGUACUUGAUAUUGAUAGCGAUGUCUAAAGGAGGAAACUCGAAGGAGGAAAUCGCCAAGUGUCACGAAGCAUUGAGAGAGUUGAUUUUGAUUUCUCGUGAGUUUGUCAUGUUGCUUGGAGAUAUCAACCAGCAGAACGGUACCAAGAUUCCUGGAGUGUUGGAAAGACAGAGAUCAUUAAUAAAAUUGGAAGAUCUUAAGGAAUUCUACCUGCAAAUCAUAGAGUUAAGUGCCAUAAAAUGUGAAGAUGAAGGCAGAAUAUUCGAUGCCUUAUUGUUGUAUCAAUUGUGUCAAGAGUUUGAUACAGUUGUCUCGUUGAUCAACAAGCUUCUCGCUGAAAUUUUGUCAUCUACGGAAUUAGACAAACCUAUCAUACAAUACGGCAACUACGAAGUUCAAGCUGGAGGAGUUGUAGAAAGUAAAAGAGCCGACGACACCAUUGAUAACAACGUAAUCCUCUUUGCUCGUCAUAUUAUAAAGAUUUUUGACACGAACAGCUUCAUUUUGGAGCAGAUAGACCCACAAAGAAAAGAAAGCUGUGACUUGUUGUUGCAUAUAAUAGACAUCAGAGGUUUGUUCAUCAAGAAGGAUUUCCAGCAAGUGUUGAUAGAAAUCAAGAAGCUUGCUUUGAUUCCAUUUGGCCAGGACGACGACUUGAUCAUAAUCAGAAAGGCUAGUGAGUUAAUACAGAAUAACCAUUUGGACGACAACUUGAUCAAGGUGAUUCCAUCGUUAUUGAUCAUGAUUAUGGCCAGUAUCUCACAAGCUAACUACGCGAUUUUGACUAAGAGGUACCAAGCUCUUGGAAACGAGAGGGAAGAGUUGGCCAGCUUGAAGAAGCAAGCCAAAAAUUGCAUGAUCUACGCCGGCAUGGUCCAGUAUAAGAUGCCUAGAGAAACAUACAGCUUACUUGUCAAUUUGGAGUCGCUGUUGUAAACCUUUAUAUAUACAUAUAUAUACAUAGAUAGCAUUAGUAAAAGUUAAAC